AUGGCUAAAAGCCUAAGUGCAACAGCUGAUAUAUUGCCUGAAUGCCUCAUUAAAAAAAUACUCGGUAAUCUUAGUUUCAAAGAAGCAGCCAAGAAGAGCAUUCUCUCCAAAACAUGGUUACAAGCCUGGUUGACUGUUCCCUACUUAAAAUUGUCAGUUGAUUUUUACAAAGACGCGAAAAUAGUGGACGCAAUCUUGGAGAGAUACAGGGACAAGAAAAUCCAUAUUGACAAGUUUGAAUUUUCAAAUUUUGAAUUUUCAAAUUGUUCCCUUCUGAUUGAUAAGUGGCUUGAUAUCACUCUUCAGAGUGGUGUAAAAGAUAUAGUGUAUGGAGACCCUUACCACUAUAUUCGAUCAUACCCUUUUCCUAUUUUCAAAGUCUUGGCAGCAGAAUCUUUAGGAGAAUUGGUUUUGACAGGUUGUGAUCUGAUCCGUGUUUCAUUAUCUAGUGGUGUGACAAACUGUCAUUCUUUGAGAAAGCUUUCUCUAUGUUCUGUACGUUUAGACGACAAUAUGCUGCAGACUCUACUUAAUAGUUGUCCCUUCAUUGUCUCUUUCAACCUAGAUAAUUUUUUGGGCUUGGAAAAGAUUGAGUUGUUGAAUCUUCAAAAGAUCAAGUCAGUUUCCAUUAGGAAAAAUAAUCUGAAAUCUUUACAUAUAUCAGAUGUGAUGAUAUCUGAUGGAUUUCUCCAGGACCUUAUUUCUAGAUCUCCAAAUUUGGUAUCACUAGAGUAUAAAGGAGAUCAAGCUCCUGAGCUCACAAUUACAAAAAAAUCAAGCCAACUGAAGCACUCAAAAAUCGUUCUUGAAUGCUACAACAAAUUAAAUGCUGCAUGGUUUUGUAAGUUGAGGAAGUUUCUAUCAAAUUAUACCUCUUGGUCUCAAGUUUCCCUUUGUUUUGCAAAAUGCAAUGAGAUCAACAUGAAAAAUUUGCAUAUGCACGAUAGAGUUGCUACCCUCAAAGUGGAUGUCUUAAAUGUAAGAUUUUCAUGGCAGAGUACAGAGUGCCCAACUUUUGUGGAUGCUUUGCUAUGGAGUUGUCAUCCUAGGAGACUCAACCUACAUUCAACGAGUGAAUUGUUAACAUGUUUCAUCGAUCGUUUGAUGUAUAUGAAGAAUCUGAGUCACUCUCCUUCUCAUGAAAGCGAACCUUGGCUUAGUCAAUUAAAAGAAAUAAAAGCUUUUGAUGGGAAAAGUCAGCUGCUUGAAUACAGAAGUGGGGAGCUGGCAAUAAGGACCCGUACGGAUUGGGAGGAAGUUUAUUUUUUAUUAGACUGGUAA